AUGUCCGCACCCAACACUCAAACCGCCCUCUUGGUUCAUGAGAAAGGCGCUCCUUUCACGCUCGGUACUCGCCCGGUGCCCACCGUCCAAGCCGGCCAAGUCCUAAUUCGUAACGUCGCCGCGGGUCUCAACCUCGUCGACCAGUACAUUCAGAGGCUUGGCCUACUGGUCGAUAAGUGGCCUGCUGUCGCAGGAAGGGAAGGCGCUGGCGAUAUCGCUGCUGUAGGUGAAGGCGUGACGAACUUUAGCGUCGGGGACCGAGUCUUCUACCAGUCAGGUGCUGGAACCUCGGAUGGCUCAGCCUACCAGGAAUACACACUCGCAGAUGCAGCUCGCAUUGGCAGGAUCCCUCCCAAUCUGACGUAUGAGCAAGCCGCGACUGUGCCGCUCUGCCUCGCCACAGCCGCAAUCGGCAUGUACAAGCCCAAGUCCUCUCAGGUCUUGCCGAACGGCUUUGAUGUUGGCGGCGCCGGACUUACUCCUCCUUGGACUGAGGAUGGCAUGGGAAAGUAUGAAGGACAGGCGGCUAUCGUGUUCAGAGGAUCGAGCUCAGUUGGCCAGUUUGCGUUGCGCCUGGCCAAGCUCUCCGGUUUCGGUCCGAUCAUCACCACUGCUUCGAAGUCGAAUGAAGAGUACUGCCUCGCUGCGGGUGCGACUCACGUCAUUGACUAUCACGACGUACCGUACGCCGAUGUGCCCGCUACUAUCAGGUCCAUCGUGGGACAGAUUCCAGUAAAGAUUGCCUACGACGCCAUCUGUACUGAAGAGUCACAGAAGGCUGCCUGGUCUGUUCUCGCGCCCAACGGAGCGCUGGUCAUCGCCGGAGGCAUGGCGCCUCGUCCUUCCGGCACGUCUCAAGGAGAUGAUGACAGCGAAGGGAAGCGGUUUGUUAGGGCGUUUGGAGGGAUCAACGCGCCAUUCCAUCAGGCUUUCGGGACGGAAAUGUACCUGUCCUUGAGCGAGAUGCUCGAGAAGGGCCUCCUCUCUCCCACCAGGCUUGAAGUCAUUGAUAAUGGGUUCACGGGCAUCGAAGAUGCUCUUGCUAGGAUCGAAGCCGGAAUCAGUGCUGUGAAACUUGUGGUGCGCGUGCGCGCUUGA